AAGCACCAACCAUGCUGCGAUGAACUAUUCUCGUCCCAGUUUUUGAUGGAAAGCUUCGGCUCCACAAGAACUUCCAAGCCACAGCGAUGCAUCCCUCCCAGGUUGCUCAUGUUGGCAAUCCUAGUAGCCUCCUUGCAGCAGCCGGCAACCGCCGUCGAUACCACCACCACCACAGACUCCGAUUGCCCGACGGUGACAUGCGGCAACCUGACCAUCACCUACCCGUUCACCCUGGGCGGCCAGGGCAAGUCCUCCUCCUGCGGCCCGCCGGCGUUCCAGCUCACGUGCAACACCUCCUCCGCGUCCGGCGGCGCGUUCCUGGGCAGCUCGUACAUGAGGGUCCUCGACAUCGACUACGGCAGCCGCUCCCUCGUGGCCGUGCACAUCCUCAUGGCCGCCGACGCCGGUUGCAGCGUCAUCUUCAACGUGUCCUCCGCCUUCGCCAUCACGGACAGGUUCACCAUCAGCGCCAGCAACCGGGAGCUCUACAUCAUGUCCAGGUGCAGCGGGACGCUGCCGCCGCUCGGCGCCGUCCCCGUGACCAACUGCAGCGGCAACAGCAGCCGCACGUUCGCGUACCUCGGCGGAGGGUACGGCACGGGCAAGCCGCCGGCGAACGACGAGCGAUGCGAGCUCGCGGUGUUCCCCGUGCUCGGGUCGGAGGCGGAUGGCGCGACGUCUGCCAGUUACCGGCAGCUCAUAAGGGGUGGGUUCCGGCUGGAGUGGGAACCUGUCGGUGACUGCAACGCCUGCGAAGAGAGCGGCGGCCGGUGCCGUUACGAUAACAGCACGUCGGCGUUCGCGUGCCUUUGCUCGGACGGGAUCUUGGGUUCGUCGACAUGCGAUGGAAAGCGCACGCGCAAUUUAACUCUGAUUGUGUCGAUGUCUAUCGUGGCUACUACCUUGGUUUUCAUUUGUCUAGCUUGGCUGAUUUACCGUCGGAAGCAAAAAUUCAGAUCAAGUUUCUGGCGAGCUACCGACCAAUCAAAUGAAGAAGAAGUAAUAAUAAGGUGUGGUUCUCUUGCUCCACAAAGGUACAAGUACUCGGAGCUUAAGAAAAUAACCAAAUCCUUCAAGGAAAAGCUAGGAGAAGGAGGUUAUGGAGUGGUAUUCAAGGGAAGCCUUCGAGAUGGCCGAAUCAUUGCCGUGAAGCUCUUAAAAGGUUCCAAAGGCAAUGGGGAGGAUUUUGUGAACGAAGUUAUGAGCAUCAGUCAGACAUCUCAUAUAAACAUUGUUAACCUACUUGGGUACUGUUUAGAAGGAUCAAAGCGGGCGCUUGUCUACGAGUACAUGCCCAACGGUUCUUUGGAGAAGCAUAUUUAUUCAGAGCUGGUUCUUGGAUGGGAAAUGCUGCUCAAAAUCGCCAUUGGCAUUGCAAGAGGAUUGGAGUAUUUACACCAAGGGUGCAACACUCGCAUAAUCCACUUCGAUAUCAAACCUCACAACAUCCUUCUGGACAAUGAGUUCUGUCCGAAGAUUUCAGAUUUUGGCCUGGCAAAGCUAUGCCGUCUCAAUGGAAGCAACAUCCUUUCGACGGCAGAAGCAAGAGGGACUAUUGGUUUCAUUGCACCAGAAGUGUUCUCCAGAGCUUUUGGGGCUGUCUCAACAAAAUCAGAUGUUUAUAGCUACGGAAUGAUGCUCCUGGAAAUGGUCCGGGGAAAAACCAACAUGAAAGGAUCUGCAGACAACUCAAGUGAAGAAUUUUUUCCACAUUUGCUUUAUGAUCAUCUCGCGGGGAACAUGCAGGGUUGCGAAGUUGCAUAUGGAACUGAAGAGGUUGCAAGAAAACUGACCUCGGUUGGUUUAUUUUGCAUACAAAUGGCACCUGAUGACCGCCCUUCCAUGAGCAGAGUCAUAGAGAUGUUGGAGAAGAGCGCCAGCGAGUUCGAGUUGCCACCGAGGCCAUUCCUCUAUUCCCCAUUGCAGUCAGCAAAUGCUUCAUCCAUUACAACAGUCAAGGUCUCGAUGUCUCCGUGAUGAUCGACAUGGUUGUUGUGGCAUAAAAUUGACAGCAGGAUAGUUCUAGUUCUCUUUAUUACUUUGUUGCCUGGUGCUGUGGUGGAUAUGUGUAACUUUUCAAAGUAACAAUGUUAAUAACUUCUUCAAAGUUUCAAGGCUGUACUCUAAGAUGCACAUCGAAAUGAAAGCGUAUGUACCCUAGUUGUCACAGGAGUCUAGAACUCAGGAGAGCGGAAUUAAACAUGCCUUCGUUAAAAACCCCUCUAGUCAGUUGUGUUCCUUGAGUUGUACAUGUAACCACCACUACCGCUUUUAGCGAGAUGUACGCAUAUAAAUCUAUAGAAAUAGUACUUUCUCCAUUUUAAA